AGGAGCCCUGUGGAUUUAUGCUUUUACAGAUCACUGUGGUCCAGACUUGGAAAUAAAAGCAGCUGUGGAGCUCUAGGGGGGAUGCUCUAUACAGAGUUAAUGAAUAAGGCACUUAUCUGGACAUGAGUGGGAUGGCUUCAUACCACAAUUCUUCCCAGGAAGAAUACAUCCCACACUAUCUCCAAAAGGAAGACCCCUUUGCAUCAAAGCUCUCCAGAGAAGCUGACAUCAUAGCUGGCUUUUAUUUGACAAUAAUUGGGAUCCUUUCAACUCUGGGAAAUGGGUAUGUUAUUUUUAUGUCCUCAAAGCGAAAAAAGAAGCUGAGACCUGCUGAGAUAAUGACUGUUAAUUUAGCAGUGUGUGAUCUGGGCAUUUCAGUUGUAGGCAAGCCCUUCAGCAUCAUCUCCUUCUUCUGCCACCGCUGGAUGUUUGGGUGGAUUGGCUGCCGCUGGUAUGGGUGGGCUGGAUUCUUCUUUGGCUGUGGGAGCCUCAUCACCAUGACAGCUGUCAGCCUGGACAGGUACCUGAAAAUCUGCCACUUGUCUUAUGGUACCUGGCUUAAGAGGCACCAUGCAUUUAUCUGCCUGGCAAUAAUUUGGGGCUAUGCCACGUUCUGGGCUACAGUGCCUUUUGCUGGGCUGGGGAGCUACGCCCCCGAGCCCUUUGGGACCUCGUGCACUCUGGACUGGUGGCUGGCACAGGCUUCAGUGGCUGGACAGGCUUUUGUUCUGAGCAUCCUUUUCUUCUGCCUCCUGUUCCCAACUGCAGUGAUUGUGUUUUCCUAUGUCAAAAUAAUUUUAAAAGUCAAAUCAUCCACCAAAGAAGUUGCUCACUACGAUUCCAGGAUUCAGAACAGCCACAUACUUGAAAUGAAGCUGACCAAGGUGGCAAUGUUGAUCUGCGCAGGGUUCCUCAUCGCCUGGAUCCCCUACGCCGUGGUGUCGGUCUGGUCAGCCUUUGGGCAGCCAGACUCGGUCCCCAUCCAGCUCUCAGUGGUGCCAACGCUGCUGGCAAAGUCAGCAGCCAUGUACAACCCCAUCAUUUACCAGGUCAUCGACUGCAAGUUCGCCUGCUGCCGCUCAGGAGGGCUGAGGGCCAAGAGCUCUUUGAAGAAAUCAAGGACAUACACAAUAUCUGCACACAGGGACUCCACAGCCAUGAAUGAAACCCAGCUGGAAGCAUGAGGGAUCAUCUCACCUUCAGCAAAGGAAAACCUGGUGACAAACAACCCUGCUGGCUCAAGGUCCUCUUUCUGUAAAUGAAUUCAAACAUAGUGACAAGUUCAUUUCACUCCUUAUUCCUAUGUACAAGGUACAGUU